AUGAGCGCGUGUGCUGGUCGCGAGGAGGAGAGAGCACGAGAUGCUGCUGCUGCUGCUGACACAUUCCUUAAAAGAUGUGUAAAAUGGCGCAAGUAUGUUGGAGGCACCGGCUUAAAUGGCUUCCGGACGGCGCCGCCAGGCUCCACGCUCACUCGGAAUACUCCUGCUCGCCAUUGUCGGUAUGAAUGUGGGGGCGAGCUGUCAUUCACUCUGGAGCCCAGUGACAUUAUUGCUGUUCAGGAACAACCUCUGAUGCUGCACUGUCAGGUGGAGGGGAUCCCACCCAUCACCACACAGUGGAGGCGCAACGGAGCUCUGAUAGUGGAGGACCAAAACUAUGUCAUGUUUGCUAAUGGCUCGCUUCUGAUUGGUCACUUCCAGAAGACCAAGUCUGAUGGCUCAUCUGAUGAGGGAGAUUAUGAGUGCAUAGCCCAAAACUUCUUUGGGCUGGUCUUGAGUCGCAAAGCCAGAGUGCAGGCUGCUACAAUGGCAGAUUUUCAUGUGCAGCCACGUUCAGUGCGUGCAGAGCUGGGAGGUGUUGGGCGAUUUCAGUGCCAAAUCCAUGGUCUGCCUGAGCCAGUCAUCAGCUGGGAAAGAGACGGGCAACCCGUGGAUACCUCUGAUGACAGGUUUACUCUGUUGCCCACGGGUGUGCUGCAGAUAACGGGUGUUUGCCCUGAGGACAGUGGGAUGUACUGCUGUGUUGCACACAACAGUGCGGGAGUCAAACACAGUGCAGGAGCACAGCUCACAGUCUCGGGCUCCCAGUCAUCUGUUUACAAAGAACCCAUGAUCUUAGUGGGCCCUGAAAACCUCACUCUCACAGUUCACCAGACCGCCAUCUUGGAGUGUGUUGCCACGGGUUUUCCUCGCCCAAUCGUUUCGUGGAGUAGACUGGAUGGCCGGCCAAUAGGAGUUGAGGGUAUCCAGGUUUUAGGAACAGGAAACCUGAUCUUUUUCACCCCUGCAGAGUUUGUGCAGCCCCCUCAGUCUAUUGCUCGCCCGGUGGGCACCACUGCCAUCUUCACUUGUCUGGCCCAGGGCGAGCCGGUCCCACAGAUCACCUGGCUGAAAAAUGGACAAAUCUUAGAGCCCGAUGGCCAUGUCAAACUCAGGAACAACAACAGUACUAUGACCAUCUAUGGAGUGACCCAGGAUGAUGAGGCCAUAUAUCAGUGUAUUGCAGAGAACAGUGCUGGCUCCACACAGGCCAGUGCCCGUCUGACUGUGCUGUGGGCUGAUGGGUUGCCGGGUGUGCCCACGGGCAUACGUGCAGAAGUCCUUUCUCCAACCUCCAUUCAGGUGUCCUGGAACGAGCCCACCCAAAACACUCAGGACAUAAUUGGAUAUGUGUUGCAUAUCCGCAAGACUGCUGACCCAGUGGAGAUGGAGUACCAGGAGGCUGUGAGUAAAAUGACCCUGCAGCAGGUAAUCGGAGAUCUGGAGCCUUCCGCCAGCUACAGCUUCUAUGUGAAGGCUUACACGUCCCGCGGAGCCAGCAAAGCCUCUGAGACGGCUGUGGAGAGCACACUGGGAGAAGUCCCUGCUCCACCAGCCUUGUUCACGAAGGUGAUUAAUUCGACAGUGGUUCAGGCCACAUGGGAACCCUCCACUAAGAUGGGCCAACAGGAAGGAUUCAAUCUCUACUACCGUAAGGUUCCUGUCCCCAUCUUCACUGGACCCCUUACCUUCCCACGUAAUGUGACCCAGUACAACAUCACUCAGCUGGAUCCCUCUUUUGUGUAUGAAAUUAAGAUUCUGGCUUUUAACCAGCAUGGAGAGGGCAAUGCCACCCUGCGCUUUGUGUCGCUCAAGGAGACAGUGGAAAAAUCAGUGCUAAAUACCCCUUGCAACUGUGUAAAAGAUGAACAGAAUAAAAGCUCCACCACAGGCAUCAUCAUCGGCAUCCAUAUUGGAGUCACUUGCAUCAUUUUCUGUGUCCUUUUCCUCAUGUUUAGCUACAGGGGCAGGUUGAUGAUGUGUAAAACCGUGCAGGCCACCCGACAGGCGGGCCGUAACCCAGCAGCAGGAGUCGUGCUCGAAUCCUCCUCUUCCUCACAGGGGGCUCUGGCCCUCAACAGCCCCCACAGGUUAAGCUCAGACGGGAAUGGAGGAACCCACACUGCAAAGAGCUGCACCGACUCCAACGAGAUGGAGAGACUCUUCUCAGGACCAUCCCACUUCUCCCAUCCACCUGACACCACCCACACAAUUGAGAGCUCUUCGGUCUCUUGUCCGUUGAAUGAAACCCAGAUGUCCACACUUCCCCUUGAUGACUUCAGCCUGAUGGAGGAGUGUGAGGUGCAGUUCCGGCAGCAUCCAGCAGAGGGCCAACAGGAUGAAGACUGAUGAAGAAAUGAAGGCCAAGAAUAUCCACUACUCAGACUCCUGUCCAACUCAGGUCAACUGAAGUAUUCAUCUUUUUAGUUCUGUUUUUAUCAUGCAAAGAAUAUAUUAUUCGUAAGUUAAGUUCCCUUUGUGGGAAUCACUGGACUGUAAUGCCAGGGCCUCAUGGUAGGUGAGGUUCUGCGAUGGAUAUCUAAUAUUUCUCAUUGGUAGGUGAACAAAUACACUCUUGCAGUUACAGCUGGCAGCAUACAGUGGAAGUCUCUAGUCACUAGUAUCUAUAACUGAUUUUAUUUGGCUUCUUCUGCACAACAGAGAAGUAUUUUUCCUACUAAAACAUAUAAUCGACUUGCUGCCUCCUCUUAACCUACCAAUGAUUUCAGAAGCCCAUCCAUCAGAGACCAAGACCUUCUUCCAGGGAUUUCAAAUUAUUCUCA